AUGGCUAGCCCUUCUCCCCUUACAGAUGACAGCACUGGCGGCAGCCAUGGUCCACUCGUGGCGUCACAGAAAGAUGCUGCUGACAAUAAGCUCGCCGAAGUAGAGAAGCUUGAUGAACCAUCCAAGUUUCAGCCAACACCAAAAUUCUGGGCUAUAUUAGCUACCCUUUGUGUGAUCGGCUUGCUGAGUGCUUUGGAGAAUACCGUUGUCACCACUUCAUUGCCGUUCAUCGUCAAGGAGCUCAAGCUUGGAGAGAACUACAUCUGGGUCACUAAUGUUUUCUUCCUAACAAGUGCCGCUGUGCAACCCCUGUUUGGGCAACUGGCGAAUGUCUUUGGACGACGAUGGGUCACCAUGUCCAUUGUUGCCCUCUUCACUCUUGGUAGCGGUAUCGCUGGUGGUGCUACCAAUGGAGCCAUGUUGAUUGCCGGACGAGCAAUCCAGGGUAUGGGUAGCGGCGGGAUCAACAUGAUCGUCGACGUGAUUAUCUCAGAUCUCGUACCCCUCAGAGAGCGAGGCAACUACAUGGCAUUCGUGCUCAUCGUGUACUUCGUCGGCAUGGCGCUAGGACCAUAUGUCGGAGGUGCUCUCGUCGAUAGCUUGAAUUGGCGUUGGGUUGGAGGCGUUUCCAUGGUUAUGAUCUUCCUAUUCCUCCGUGUUCAAUCCAACAAGGAGAUGUCCUUCGCUCAAAAGUUACGCCGCAUCGACUAUGUUGGCAAUUUACUUCUCAUUGCGUCGACUGUGUCCAUCCUUUACGCUUUGACAUAUGGCGGAGCCCUUACACCAUGGUCAUCUUGGCGAAUCAUCUUGCCUCUUGUUGUCGGUCUCGUUGGGCUUGGGGUAUUUAUGUUCUUUGAGACCCUAAAGUUUGUCAAAGAACCUGUCAUGCCUCCCCGCAUCUUCGGCAACCGGACCUCGAUCGCUAUAUUUGCAGUUACAUUCCUUAACUCUGCACUCCUAUACUGGAUUAUCUUCUUCUUGCCAGUCUACUUCCAAGCUUUGCUAGGCGCUUCUCCCGCCAGGUCAGGUGUGCUGCUUCUCCCAGCCAUAGUCGUCGGUGUCCCCGGCGCUGCUGGUGCCGUUAUUCUCCUCUCUAAGUUUGGCAGAUACAAGCUGCUUCAUCUCAUUGGCUUCGGAACCUUCACUCUUGGUGUCGGCCUUUUCGUCCUCUUUGACAAAGACACGCCUCUAGCUCAGACAGUAGUAUUUCAGAUGAUUGCGGCUGGUGGAUCAGGCUUCGUUCUCAAUACACUUUUGCCUGCAGUCCAGGCGCAAAACGAUGAGAAGGACCAGGCCGCAAUAACAGCGGCAUGGUCGUUUGUCCGAAGCUUCGGUGCUAUCUGGGGUGUAGCUAUCCCUGCUGCAGUCUUCAACAACCGGUUUUCUCAGCUUUUAUACCUCAUUUCGGAUCCUCAAGUGGUCGCAAUAUUCAACCAAGGAGAUGCAUAUCAAUAUGGGACCGCGAAAUUUUUGGAUAGUUUCCCCCUGGUAAUCAAGAACCAAAUUAUUAGUGUCUACACAGGUGCCUUAAAGCAGGUUUGGCAGCUUGGAAUUGUCUUCUCAGGGGUCUCGUUCUUGUUGGUAUUCCUUGAAAAAGAGACUAGACUUCGAACAGAGCUUGAAUCAGAGUUUGGCUUGGAGAAAGAUAAGAGCACAGAUGCUGAGAUUGCGGAGACAAAAUAG